AUUACCUUAAUCCCAUAAAAUCUCGAACCAGUAGAAACAAAGAAUCAUACACAUUGAUCAAACUUACUUAUUUCACAAUAAUCAACUCGACUUUGAAAAUAAUCCUUUGACAAGGAGUAUUCAAGAUUGGUGGCGCCGGUUUGGUUUUUGUUUAUUCACUAAGUACUAUGUUUUAGCUGUAUAAAUACACUCUACCGUCUGUGUAUUUAUUUCAUCAACCUCAAAGAUCUCUCACUUUUUAAUUACGAACUAGUAUAAGAGCGAUAAGAAACUCAGUCAAUGGCAGGAUUAGGAAUCAAAGUUUUUGGCCACCCUGCUUCUACAGCCACCAGACGAGUUCUCAUCGCACUGCACGAGAAAAAACUCGACUUCGAGCUUGUUCACGUCGAGCUCAAAGAUGGUGAACACAAAAGGGAGCCUUUCCUUUCGCGUAACCCUUUUGGUAAAAUUCCAGCCUUUGAAGAUGGAGACUUCAAGCUUUUCGAAUCAAGAGCAAUUACUCAAUACAUAGCUCAUGAAUACGCAGACAAAGGAAACCAACUUCUCUCGCCUGGCUCCAAGAACAUGGCAAUCUUGGCCAUGGGUAUGGAAAUAGAAGCUCAUGAGUUUGACUCAGUUGCUUCAAAGCUUGGUUGGGAAAUCUUCAAGAACUUCUUUGGUUUGACCACAGACCAAGCCGUUGUUGAAAAAGAAGAGGUUAAGUUAGGCAAAGUGCUUGACAACUACGAAGCUCGGCUUGGUGAGUCUAACUAUUUGGCUUCUGAUCACUUCACUUUGGUCGAUCUUCACCACAUCCCUGUGAUUCAAUACUUGCUCGGUACUCCAACUAAGAAGCUCUUUGAUGAGCGUCCACAUGUCAGUGCUUGGGUUGCUGACAUCACUUCUAGGCCUUCUUCUCAGAAGAUCCUCCUUUAAGUGGAUUUAUUUUAAUCAAAACUGUUAAUCAGAAAGACUGAAUAAAUAUAGGGAUGACCUCAUUGCCAAUCCCCAUAAACUCUGUUUCCUCUGUUUUUUUUUCAUGUGUACUCUGCUUUUCGUUUUAAUGAGAUAUUGAUUUACAUGUAAUCUUCAGUUAUUAGUCUUGAUA